AUGGAUCCUGAGACUAAUUUACCUAAUUCACCUAACGGAGACGCCUAUCGAAAGCGACGCAACUCCUACAGCGCCGCGAUGACUAACGAACCCGUGAUCACCGAUGAGACAUCAGAGAACAUUCGUCAAGAAGUUGAAAUAAAAUCUCAACAACUAGUCCACCAGAAGAAGGCGAAAUUACCGGACAAUUUCAGUCUAGAAUCUGAAAGUGGGUCCACAGAGAGUUCAGUCCUGAAACGAGACCUAACCAGGACCCCGUCCACGGAUACCAGCCGGUCCUGGAACGAAAGCAUCGAGAUACCCGAGAUAUUCCUCUCUCACCCAGAAUUACUGACCAGACUGGCUAAGUGUCGUUGCUUUUUAGCGGCGAAACUGUCCGUCUCGAGCGAGUGUCAGUGUCUGUGCCGUUGUCAGUGUCGUUGCAGCCAGUGUCAGUACUAUCGUCGCAAGAUCUCAACCUGUUCGAGCAGAGAUCACUCGUUCCUGUUCGGUUUCAAGAGGAAGGACUCGAGCUACUCGGUGUCAACCUGCCAGAGCAUCCUGCCACCGUCUUCCGGCAGGAACUCGGUCGCCAGCCUGUUUCACGAGAUCAAGGAGGAUCAGGAAUCGAUCGUGCAGGUGAUCCAACGUCGGCACUCGGAUCAAACGCAGUCGCCACGCGGUUCCAAGAUCGGCCAGCAAGAUAACCGACGAUUCUCCGAGCAAACGUUGACUAGAGAAGCGAACGAUUGCGUUAGACGAAGCUGCGCCGUGGUUGAUGUAAACGCGACGAAAACAAUCGCGAGAACCUGUCCUCGUCCCUCCCCGGAGAAGCUGACCAGCAGAGCUAAAGAACAGUGGCCGUCUUUGCAUAAUGAAAGUCACGAGACGGAUCCGUCGAAAGAACCUCUCGUGGACAAACGUUUCACUCAGAGGCAAAAAAAGGCGAGGAAAGAGGAGGAUGUUUCGAACGAGCGACGAAGAAGCAGCGCGACCAUCACGCCGAAGAUGAUGAGAAGACGAUUCUCGGAGCAGCUGAUCCUCGAAGGUGGCUUGGGCAGCGUUAACGAUUACGAGGACCUCCUCGAAGAGCCCGAGGAAGGGGCAGAAGAGCAGUCUUUUACAGCGAUAAAUGCACGUAAGAGGAUCACGCUCAACAGACAUUAUUAUCCCGAGGGUGGAUGGGGACACGUGAUCGUAUUGGUCGCUGUUCUCGUGCAAGUGAUCUGUCAUGGAGUACAACUUGGCUCCGGAGUGUUGCUCGUUCCGAUGGUGGAACAAUUUCAACAAACAAUAGACCAUGCAGGAUGGCUGGGAGCAAUGUCGACGGGAGUAGCUCUACUAGUUUCGCCAGUGACAAUAGCGUUUUGUCGGAGAAAAAGCACAAGACUUACCGCAGUGUUGGGUGGCCUCGUUACAGCACUCGGUUGCCUCUUCACUUCUUUCGCCUCGCAAUUUCACCAGUUGUUCUUCAGCUAUGGCACCGUUGUGGGCAUAGGGGUCGGAAUGACGAGGGAUUGCAGCACCCUUAUGGUGGCGCAAUAUUUUAAAAGAAGAAGAGAAUUGGUCGAGAUUUUCAUCGUAUCCGGAAGUGGCCUUGGUAUCGCUGUUAUGUCUGCUUUUAUAAAAGGAAUGAUCAGCAAAAUUGGAUGGCGUUUGGGACUUCAAGCAGUGACGGGGGUGGUUUUUCUUACUUUCAUCUUAGGUACCUUUUAUAGAAGCGCGUCCCUCUAUCAUCCCCAACGUCGAGCAAUUUUGCAUUUGAAAAAUCAAAAGCGCAAGAUUAAGGAUAAGAACAAGACGGACGACAGACCACCGUUCUUCGACUUUAGUACCCUGAAGAGUAAAACUGUAAGAAUACUACUGAUAUCGACUGGGAUAUCUGCCUUUGGGAUCAACACUCCAAUAUUUUACUUGGCGCACCAGGCCGAGGAAGAAGGCCUCGGUGACACCGUAGUUCUACUUCAGGCUUAUCUCGGCCUGGCCUGGACCCUCGGCUGCGUGGCCUUUGGUCUUUUGGUCGUGCAUCGCAGCGUCGAAUGCAGGAUCGCACGUCAGUAUCUUACGCAAGCCGCGGUGUUUGUAUGCGGACUGUGUAUCCUGGCCCUCACCGCCGUGCAAGGAAAUUAUCAUGGAUACGUCAUGUUCGCUUGGAUUUACGGAAUCUUCUGCGGUGGCUACCACUACAGCCUAAAAAUGUACACCUACGAAAGGGUGAGAGCAAGAAACUUCGCCAGAACGUGGGGUUUCGUACAAUGUUCCCAAGCUAUACCCAUAGCGAUCGGGGUUCCAAUUUCCGGGUACAUGAACGUUGGCUGCGGUGGGAAAGCUGGUUACUAUUUCAGCUCGACCUGCGUUCUGGUGGGUGGUUUCACCCUUUUCUUUAUAGAUCUGCACAGAAGGAAUUUAUCCAGGCACAAGCACACCAGGUCGAACGGGACCAAGCACCUCUGCGUCUCGGACAGUUGUCCACAACGCCGGAAGCUAUCGUUUAGUCAGGAACCGGAAAACGAUGGUCCACAUGUGGCUGCUGCUGGAGCUGCAGCAGCAGCCCUUGUUCUCGGCACCGAGAUAUCACCAACUCCAGGUGAGAUGAUGGACGCUCUUCAACCAGAUAAACCAGAGCUGACAUGCAUCUCCGAGGAGGGUAUCGCAGAUAUGGAUCUCCCUGACAACAUGCUCGAGGAUCUCGAUUAUAUCGGCGACUGUAUAACCUCGUGCAACAAAGUCGAGAACUAUCUGAUGCUCUCUGAAUUCGAGAACAAUUUGAUCGCGGAGAUGCCGAUCAUCAUGGAUCGUCGAGGACGAAGAUGGUCCAUUGCGCGAUCAAAAGGUGGCCAACCAGCUAUCGAACGACCUGCUACGCUUCAAUCGGCGAACGAGGAAACUGAUUCCAAACAGAAAUGGCAUGGGACUAAUGUGCCUCCUAACAAUAGGGUGAUCACAGUAAUAGACGAAGCAAGCACGUAGCUCGAUCAAAGGAUCGUUGCGAUAUUUGGUGCAGCUUAAUUUUUAAAAAGAAAUCCACUUUGCUAUUCUAUUAUCUUGAGACCUCAAAAGUAGCUUCACCUUCGAUUUAAUUUUUCAUCAAAUCUGCACCGUAUGUAUGUAAAGAAAUUGCAAUUUCCCUUAUGUUUAAAUUAUGUAAAUUUUAGACUGAAGCUUUAUGCUUCAAUUUUUUUUUAGCAUAACUUGAAAUCGUUUGAAAAUCCUGAAUACCUGACCUGAAUUUCUAUACAGACUGAACCUGAUUGUCAGAACGACGAAUUGAUUGCAAUAGUACAAAACCAAAAAAUAUUAUGCAGGAUUUAAGAGAGAGCUAUUGGAGGGACUAAUUUUAUUCGCUCUGCCGUCGAUCGUUUGGUUUGUUCCUCUUUUCGUUUAAGAUACUUAAGAUUAAGGAUCGUAUUAGCGAUAAUUUUAGCGAACAGUGACACGCUGGUUUGGACCAGCGGUGCGAUUGCUCGCGGUGCAAUUAAGGACAAUAACGUCGGCUUUCGACGAGAGGAACCACGGAAACGUUCCGUCCACAAUGGAGAUAACCUCGACUCGCGUCGACGUAUUUGUUUAAGCUUCGUGCUAGAUCACUGCCACGCGUAGAUGCACGAAUUGAACGAUCCUUCAUUAACAUAAUCAAGGAACUGUGUCUGACCAUACAAAAAAAUACCAUGAACUCUUAUUCAUUGAUCUAAAUAAAAUUUUUAGAGUUUGCAGAAAAUAAUAAAAUAAAAAUAUUGGUAUGCAUCACCCCUUAAGGGUAAGAAAAUUAACCCCAAAGGAAAAUAGACUUUACAUUUUUGAAAUUAAGAAAAGUAAUGAAAGCUUCAAGAAUUAAAAUUGAGACUGCAGCAAAAUUUUUAUAAUAGCAAUUUUGAAAAAAAUAUGGAUCGUUUAAUUCAUGUUGAUGUAAAAACCAUGACAUAGAAGACUUCUUUGAAAGGGAUUUGUUUAAAGGCCGAUGCUUACACGUAGGCAAUGCUAGCUGAAGGUAUUUGAAACUAGUCCAAUCGAAAAGCGAUUAAGUGGUAAUGAUAGUGUAACGAUAGAAUUAUGUAGCCAGAAACGAGAGUAUAUCUUUGUACCGUCGUUCGAGAUAUUUCGAGAGUUUUUCUUGGAGCAGCGUUUCUCUUUUUCUGAUCGAGCGAGUCGCGAACGGUACAAAAGCAAAGAGAUAACGAUACUAUUUAUUUAUCAAACUAUUUAUAUUAGAAUUAUACAUACGCAUGUCAUGUACAUACACGCACAUACACUUAUAUAUACACACAUAACUAUAUACGCGAUAAUAAGCGUACACAUACGUGUGCUAUCGUGAAGUAGAUUAAAUAAGGUGCUCCGAAUUCAUUGCAACAGAGUUCUGUUUUAUACUCGAAGAAAUUUAUAUUUUUUUUUUGCAAUUGGAUAUGAUUAGAAUAAUUUUCUUUGAUCGAAGAUCAAAAGUAUUGGAUAAUGAAAAAUUUAAACAGAGAACUUAAUUGUGUUUGAAAUAAUUUUUAGAUUAUAUUAUCGUUAUCAUUAGCGAUAACACAAGGCUGCUAGUCGAUCGUGUUGCUUGUGCAAUACAAAGAACAAUAAGUUGCGAAGUAACGUUUAUUACAUGGAACACAGCAACACUGAACA